AUGUUUUCAAAAGUUCCCAAGAUUUACAAUGUCUACUUCUUGGCAAUCAUCGCCACCAUGGGUGUCGUUCAAGGUGCCAUUGGCGCUGCUCUUGCUGCAGGCUCCGUCGUUGGCUCAAUCAUGGCUGGUCCGAUUUCUGACAAAUUUGGUCGCCGCGAUGCCCUCAUGUUCGCCUGUCUCUGGUGGCUCGCCGGGACUGCUUUGCAGGUGGCAGUAACAGGACGAGGCAUGUUGAUCGCUGGCCGAGUGCUGAACGGCGUUACUGUCGGCAUCACUUCGUCUCAGGUGCCAGUAUAUCUUGCAGAAAUCUCCAAGCACUCACAGCGUGGUGCCAUUAUCAUUAUCCAGCAAUUAGCUAUUGAAUGGGGAAUUCUGAUCAUGUACUUUAUCGGUUACGGAUGUACCUUUAUUCCUGGAGAAUCAGCAUCGUUCCGUACCGCCUGGGGUAUUCAGUUCGUCCCUUGCGUCAUGUUCAUGAUCGGGUUGCCUUUUCUACCGGAAUCUCCCCGAUGGCUUGCCAAAGUAGACCGCAGCGAGGAGGCGAUUCACAUCUUAGCAUCUAUUCAAGCCAACGGCAACAUCGAUGACCCAUAUGUUGUUGCAGAGUACGAAGAAAUCAUGACCGUUCUCAAUGCUGAGCGUCAGGCUCCAGCGGGAUGGAGGAAGUUUGUUCUCAACGGCAUGUGGAAGCGAACUCUUGCAGGAUUUUCCGUUCAGGCAUGGCAGCAGCUUUCUGGAGCAAAUGUCAUGACAUACUACGUCGUCUACAUUUUUGCCAUGGCCGGUCUCGAGGGAAACAUCAAGCUUAUUUCCUCUGGAGUCCAAUACGCACUUUUUAUCAUAUUCUCAUCGAUCAUGUUCUUUUUCGUCGAUAAAUUUGGCCGCAGGACUCUCUUGGUAUGGGGCGCGAUCGCAAUGGGUAUCUGCCACUUUGUUGUUGGCGGUGUCCUUGGUGCCAACUACGAAUACGUCCCCGGCGGUGUCGGAGGUGACCAUAACGUUGUCAUGAAGGUUACCGGUGCACCCGCGAACACGGUCAUUGCUUUCUCCUAUCUUUUGAUCAUCUUCUACGCUCUGACGCUGGCACCGAUCUGCUGGGUCUACGCCGCCGAGGUUUGGUCGCUCGAGACACGUGCAUGGGGUAUGGGUAUCGCUGCCACAGGCAACUGGCUAUUCAACUUUGCGAUCGGUCUUUUCAUCCCACCCGCGUUUAUCAACAUCAAAUGGGCGCUGUUCAUAGUCUUUGGCAUACUCUGCUUCCUCGCAGCAAUUCAGUUUUUCUUCACAUAUCCCGAGACUUGCGGAAAGACUCUCGAAGAAGUUGAGUUUAUGUUCAGCAAAGAAGGCCCGCAUGCCUGGCAGACGAAGAAGGGAAGCGACCACAUUCACCGUGAUAUGGAGCACGUGGCAGCUGCUCAAGCCAAAGAAGAUGCGCGGGCUAGCAUCGAGAGAAUCGCAAGAAAGGAGAAGGGCGGCACAGAGCAGACCGAGACUGUCUAA